AUGGAUUCGGAGUGGACAAGAGAAGGAGAAGGCUCGUCUUCUUCCACUCGUUGGAAUCAUGAUGUGUUCUUAAGUUUCAGAGGUGAAGACACAUGCAGGAACUUUACCGAUCAUCUCUACACUGCUUUGGUUCAAAGAGGGAUCAACACCUUUAGAGACGACGAUGAGCUCAGGAGAGGAGAAAAUAUAUCCUUAGACCUACCGAAAGCAAUCGAAAAAUCGAGGAUUUCGAUCAUCGUUUUUUCCAGGAACUAUGCUUCUUCCAAUUGGUGCCUCGAUGAGCUCGUCAAGAUACUGGAGUGCAGAAAGAAAAUCGGCCAAAGGGUUCUACCUGUUUUCUAUGAUGUUCGUCCGUCUGAUGUUCGGAAACAGAGUGGAAUCUUUGGGGAAGCAUUUGCGAAGCUAAAAGAACGUUUCAAGGUUGAGAUUAAGGUGGUGGACAGGUGGAGAAGAGCUCUUACAGAAGCAGGGAAUUUAUCAGGGUGGGAUCUACAAAAUGGAUAUGAAUCAAAGUUUAUCCAAAGAAUUGUUCACACGGUUUUGAGUAACUUGAAUCACACGCACUUGCAUGUUGCCAUGUACCAAGUUGGAUUAGAAUCCCGUUUGGAGCAAAUGAAAUCAUUGUUAAGUGUCAGAUCAAAUUAUAUUCGCAUCAUAGGGAUCUGUGGUAUGGGUGGUAUUGGUAAGACCACCAUUGCCAAGGCUGUCUUUAACCUAUUCUUAAGCCAAUUUGAAGGUUGCAGCUUUCUUUCAAAUGUUAGAGAAUUGUCAAGACAACCCAAUGGUUUGGUUAAUCUACAAGAACAACUUCUUUCUGAUAUCCUAACGGAAAGAAACAUGAAAAUAACCAGUGUAGAUAGAGGUAUCAACAUGAUAAGUGAAAGACUCAACUCCAAAAGGGUUCUUUUUGUUCUUGAUGAUGUAGAUCAAUUGAUCCAAUUAAAUGCAUUGGCUGGAAAGCGCAGUUGGUUUGGUUUGGGAAGUAGAAUCAUCAUAACAACCAGGGAUUUGCAUUUGUUAAAUCAUGCCAACGUUGAUGAAAUAUAUAAGAUCACAGAGUUGAAUAGAGAUGAAUCUCUUAAGCUGUUCAGUUGGCAUGCCUUUGGAAAUGACCAUCCAAAAAAAGAUUAUUUGGAGCUCUCAAAGAGUAUAGUUGGUUAUGUCAAUGGACUUCCUUUAGCUCUUGAGGUUUUAGGUUCUUUUCUAUUUAACAAAAGCAUUCUUGAAUAUAAGAGUGCAUUAGAGAAAUUGAAAAGAAUUCCUAAUGAUGAAAUUCAAAGAAAACUUAGAAUAAGUUUUGAUGCACUAAAUGAUGAUCUGGAGAAGGAUAUGUUCCUUGAUAUUGCAUGUUACUUUAUUGGGAUGGACAAAGAAAAUGUCAUCAGAAUACUAGACAGUUGCGAUUUCUUCCCAGAAAUUGGCAUUAGUGUUCUCAUCCAGAAGUCUCUCAUAACAAUCAAUGAAAAGAAUCAGGUGAUGAUGCAUGAUUUACUUCGAUAUAUGGGAAGGGAAAUUGUACGGGAAGAAUCCCCAAAAGAGCCUGGAAAGCGCAGCAGAUUGUGGUUUCGUGAUGAUGUCUACAAUGUAUUGACAAAAUAUACGGGAACGGAGAAUGUUGAAGGCCUUACUCUAAACAUGCAUGGAAUUAUAGCAGCAGAUCAUAUCCGUACUGAAGCCUUUGCAAAGAUGCAGAGGCUAAGACUUCUCCAAUUCAAUCACGUACACCUUGCUGGAAACUACAAACAUUUUUCAAAGGAGUUGAGAUGGCUAUGUUGGUGUGGUUUCCAUUUGAACUCUAUACCUACUAACUUUCAUCUUGAGAACCUUGGUAUACUUGACAUGCAACAUAGCAACAUCAAAUAUCUUUGGAAGGGAAUCAAGUUGCUCAAGAAGUUGAAAGUUCUGAAUCUCAGUCAUUCCCAUGGCCUAAUCCAAACCCCUGACUUUUCUGGACUCCCCAUGGUUGAGAAAUUGAUAUUUGAAGAUUGUAGAAGUUUGGUUGGGGUUCACCAUUCCAUUGGACAACUUCAGAGACUUAUCUAUUUUAGUUUAAAAGACUGUGGAAACCUAAGGAAUCUACCAAGCAGCAUAUGUGAGUUGAAAUCUAUUGAAAAUCUUAUUCUUUGUGGCUGCUCAAAACUGGAAAAGUUGCCAGAAGAACUUGGAAAUAUGAGAUUUUUAAUUGAGCUUCUUGUAGACAAAACUGCUAUACAAGAACUCCCCCUUUCGAUUGGACACUUGAAGAAUCUCAAAUGCUUAUCUUUAAGUGGAUGUAAGAGAUCAACUUCUAAAGAUUGGAAUCCGUUCUUUUGGUUUUGGAGUUCACUAAGAAAAGUUCCUGAUUCCAUCACUCUACUACCAACUUCUGUCUUGGGUUUAUCCUCUUUAAUAAUACUAAAUGUGAGGAAUUGCAAUUUGUUGGAAGGUGCAAUUCCUAGUGAGAUUGGGAGCAUAAGCUCACUACAACAUUUGGAUAUGAGUGAUAACAAAUUUCAUAGCCUACCAACUAGUAUCAGUCACCUUUCUCAACUUAAGUCCCUUCAGUUACAAAAUUGCACAAGGCUUCAAUUCCUUCCAGAACUGCCAUCAAGUUUGGAGAAGUUGGAUGCAAGUCGAUGUAAAUCAAUGGAAAGAUUAGCAAAUCUUGGAAACUUAUCUUCCUUGCAAGAGUUGGAUUUAAGCAAAACCUUUUUGUAUAGCCUUCCUGGAAACAUUGGCCACCUUACUCGGCUUCAAAUUCUUAGGUUGCAAAAGUGCAUAAGGCUCAAAUGGCUUCCAGAACUUCCAUCAAGUUUAGAGAAAUUUCACGCAGGUAGUUGCACAUCAUUGGAACGAUUAUCAAAUUUUGAAAGGUUAACCUCAUUGAUCUCGUUGGAUAUAAGCUACAGCAAUAUUUGUACCCUUCCAGCUUGCCUUGGUCGGUUUUCUCAGCUCCAGUCCCUUACAAUAAAUAAUUGCUCAAGGCUUCAAGUGCUCCCAGAGCUUCCAUCAAGUUUAAUGUAUUUAUCUUUAGAGGGUUGCACAGGGAUUGAAAUAUUAUCAAAUGUGUCGAACUGCCAUAACUUGCCCCAUUUAUUGCUCUAUGACUGUCACAAGCUAGCUGAAAUUCGUGGCCUUGAGAACUUGAAGUCCAUACAAGACAUUCGUAUGAACGGGUGCAACAAUCUGCCAAAUAACUUUAAGAAGAGUCUCAUCCAGGCAUUGUGUGGUCGUGGUAUGUUUAACAUGAUUCUUCCUGGAAGCGAGGUUCCGGAUUGCUUCUGCCAUCAGAAUAUGGGGUCUUCAAUCUUUUUUGAGGUUCCUCCACUUUUAGAUAGGAAGAUUCAAGGGUUAACCGUAUGUGCUGUUUGGACAGCCAAGAAAGAACCAAAGGAGUUUGUCACAGAAACUUCUCCAACUGUUAUGAUUCAUAAUAGAACAAAGAGUCAUGCAAGUGAAAUCCGCCCAAUUUUGUAUCCCAAUCAGGCAAAUUAUCAAGAUGAGUUGUGGGUGACCCAUAUACCACGUUUUUACUUUGAUUAUCAGUUGGAACAUGGUGAUCAAAUUGAAGUUUCAGUAAAAAUUGGGAAACGAUUCCGGGUGAACAACUGUGGAGUCAAUCUAGUGUACGAGCAAGAUGAGAAAGCAGAUAUUGGAUGUAGUAGCUCCCAUUUGUAUGCUGCUGAAGUUAUCCCCGAGGAUAAUUCAGGUGUUAGAACUGGGUUUAAGAGAGUUCUAAAUGAAGAAGUGCGUCUCCAAGGUGGCCACUCUAAUGAAGAAGAACAAGAACCUAAGAGGUUGAGGAUCAAGCUUAGUCCAGACUACAACUGA